AUGAAUUUUAAAUAUUUGAUAACCUUGGUUUUAGUCCUCACAAUUGUUACCUUAUCGACAAUCGCCGCCCCUAUUAGACCUAUUAAGAAGAGACUUAAUGAAAAGAAUGUUCUUUAUGUUGAUGAAAUUUAUGUGGGUGGUCGCUGGAAAAUUUCAUACGAGUCAAAUGAAGCACUAGUCUUUCGUGAUCUUCUAGGUUCGG